UGCAUACUAGGUAUAGAUCACGUGGAACUUAUUAUGGUUCCGGAUCACUCGUUAUCAGCAGAGCAAAAUAACUCAUUUGUUGGGUAACUAUUCUUUUCGUUUGAUAUAUUUUCAGAUUUCAUGCGCAUGGUUUAAAAUAUGGAAAGGGUUGGAAAUAUCGCACAAAGAAAAAGGAGGUGCCGUGAGGAGAGAAUGAAUAACGGAAAGGUUUGUUUUGUAAACAAUGAAACAUAUUGUAUUCGGCACAAGCAUGAUAAAAUAGUUUACAUGUGGGGCUACGUUUCAUUCUAACACAAGCGGCUUUUCCCAAGUCCUCAAUAUUUACUUUAUGUAUCUCAUUGGUCGGAGAAGUCCAUCAUGUUUAAAGAAAAAGUAUUUGUACUUUCAUUAGUUUACAUUUAGCGCUUUGCUGACAUGCCACCUAGUGGUACUUUAGAGAGGCAAUUCAGCAUUGCCAAAGCAUGAAAAUUAAAUGGCGUUGAAUUCAAAACAUAAACAAAGGUGUUUUGGGGCUAUGUCAUUAAAAAAUGACUGACAUUUUACUACACCUAAAAGCUUAAGAUUAGUAGUGAUUUCGAUAAUGGGUAAUUUAUGGGUUCUAUUGAAUAUUUAAGAAUACGAAAACCCAUGUUUAUCAAUCACCGGGAGAAAGGGAGGAGUUGGUAACAUUGUAGAGAGCAAUAUCUUGGUACUGCGACGCCUCAAAACAGCUGAGAGAACAAACAAAAUAUUACCGGCCACCUCUGAGCUCCCACAGUUAAUAAAUGCAGCACGUAACAUAAGCACCCUUAAGCUGUGACCAUGGAAGGGCCAAGUGGGGGAGGUAGUGGCAACAGAGGAGACGAUGGAGUUUGGCAGGGUAGGAAGUAUGAUGCGACACACCAGAUAAAGCAGUUUCUCGGAGUGCCAACUGAAGAUGACGAGAAACCAAUUGUUGAAUGUAGCGUACGAUCUCCCCCACAAAAUAUUCCACAACGCAGACAGAUACAGGACCAACCUGUGAAUAAUCAUCAUUUGGAUCGUUCUGGAAGUCCCUCAACCAGACUACACCGUUGGGAUAAUCACAGAUAUCAUGAUGGUAAUCAUAGAGGAGACUGUUAUGGAAGUCCUAAUAGAAACCACCCAAGGCUGUAUGAUCAGAAUAGGACUCCGCCUCAUAGAUAUCAUGAAAUUAGACAACGACAUGACAGCUAUGGGAGUCCUGGUAAUCACAGAGUUGGCAGUUAUGAUCGUGGUUACAGCAAUAGCCCACGGAACCAUCAUCACAUACGGGAUAUGUCCAAGGAUCACAAAGAAUUACGUGCAAAUGGUCCAAGACACAUGAAUACGUCCAUGGUUGGUCAUAGUGGUGGGGCACCAGAUACAGAAACUCCAGAUUAUCCUCCUAGUCCAGAAGUGUUAGCAGAACUUGAAGAGCAGUUUUUAUAUCCCCUCAAAAAGAAGUCCCUGAAGUUUCCAAAAGCCAAAUAUUUUUGCCGGUUAUGUGAUUACCAUUGUGACUCAUUAGCAGUGUGUAGAAAACAUAUAAUGGAUAAUAGGCACAGAAAGUUGAAAGAGACCAAGGAUAUUGACACUAGUCUCAAGAAUAUGCCUCUUCCAUCUGAAGCUCAGAUAGCUGCAAUUGACAAGCUGGUUCAUUCAGUUGCAGAAGAAAUGAAAGUUUCGCCAGAUAUGAUGCAAAAAAGACGAGAGGUGGUGACUCAGCUCAAUAAGCUUUUAAUUUCUAAAGUUGAAGGUUGCCACUUAGAGAUGGUUGGGUCGUCACUAAGUGGUUUUUGUUUAAAAAAUAGCAAUAUUAACGUAGAUGUUGUAAUGGACGAUAACCUAAAUCCUUCUACUGCAUUGUUAGCAGUGAAAGAGUUGGUUGGAAGAAGUUCAUUGUAUAAAAGUGUUGUUGACGAUCUCUCCUCUUCGUUCCCUACUAUGGCCUUUACACAUGUUAAAACAGGAUUGCGUGUGGUGGUGGGUGCCUGCAACACCUCCUCAUCGAAGUUAACUAACCAGCUUCUUGCUGAUUAUGCUUCCCUGGACCCUCGUGUAGUAGUUCUAGGAAUAGCAUUCAGAUAUUGGGCCCAGUUGUGCCAAAUUGACAAUCAGGGGCGUGGCACUCUUCCACCACAUGUAUUCCCGUUGAUGGUGGUGCAUUUCAUGCAGCAACAUAAUCCCCCAGUUCUCCCAGUUUUACAUUUACUUCAUCCAAAACCAGAUGGGGAAUCAUACCUCAAACCAGCAGAUUUGGGCGAUUCCUGGAAGGCUGGGAAGAACACACAAGGCAUUGGUCGGCUGUGGCUUGAAAUGUUUCGAUUUUAUGCCGUAGGGUUUAAAAUCACAGAGUAUGUCAUUAAUGUUCGCCAGAAGCGUCCCAUGACUAGAGCAGAGAAAAAUUGGAGUAAGAAGAUUGCAGUUGAAGAUCCAUUUCUUCAAAAAAGAAACCUAACAAGAACUGUUAGUGGCAACCUUGUUUUUGAGUACAUAGUGGAUCGUUUCAAGACAACAUACAGAUAUUUUGCCAUUCCUCAACUUGCUUUUGGGCCAUUAUUUCAGCACAUAGCUGUAAAAGAGACUCGAACCAUCAGCGCGUCUAAGGCCUCUGCUGGUUUAGGCCAGAAGAACAGAAAAGGCGAGAUGCUUCUGGAGAGUCUUGAAAAGGUUGCUCAGUCUCAGAGUGAAGGAUCAUCAGAAUGUGAAUUGGAAAAGACUGAUGAUGAUGUAGACGUAACUGUGGAAGGAGAAGAAUUUGAGGAUGAUGAAGAGCGUGGCAGUUUAUCAGGCUGUGAACAAGAUUUAAGCACAUUAGCCAUUGAAGACACAACCAUUGAUGAUGCUCCCGUUGCACCAAGUACAAAUGGAAUUGAUGUGCAAGAAGAGGAAUUAGAUUUGAGCAUUGACAAGAUUACAACAUCACUCACUCUGGUGACACCCAGCCAAGCAGCCAAGUUAAUGCAGCAAAUUCAAGACAACCAUAUAGAUUUCAAGUUCAUGGGGCAGGUUUUUAAUGAUGGAGUUGACCCACCUUUGAUAUGUGGUUCAUGCCAGAAAGAGGGUCAUUGUAAAGCAGACUGCCGAGAAGAUGAAUUACCGCCACUGAAACCGUUACCACCAAUGAAGCCUUCUUUUACUAAUCAGCUGUCUACAAUUUUUGAAAAGUUAACAAGGGAUUUCGAGCCACGUCAAGAAGAAAUAGAAGAGAGAGAUAGAAUAGUUGCAGAUCUUCAGUUUUACAUUCGACAGUUUUUUCAAGGAGUUACUUUAAAGUUGUUUGGUUCUUCUGCUAAUGGCUUUGGAUUCCAGCAUUCUGAUUUGGACAUAUGUCUUACUUUUGAAGGCAAUCGAACUGGGGAGGAUAUUGACCACAUCAAAGUGAUAGAAUCCUUGGCAGAAAAGUUGAAGAAGUACCGGCAAUGUGGACACGUAAUUGCCAUAACAACUGCCAAGGUCCCCAUUGUGAAGUUCUCCAUCCGCCGGGCUUCGUUGGAAGGAGAUCUUUCUCUCUAUAACACCCUGGCCCUACAAAACACAAAGCUCUUGGCAACCUAUGCCAAGAUUGAUCACCGGGUCAAGUGCCUUGGAUAUGGUAUGAAAUAUUUUGCCAAAUUAUGUGAUAUUGGGGACGCCUCUCGUGGAUCCCUCUCUUCUUACGCUUACAUUUUGAUGGUGCUGCACUUCCUUCAGCAGUGCAAACCUCCAGUCAUCCCAGUACUACAGGAGCUGUAUGACCACACAAAGCAAGCUCCAGAACUGAUCAUUGAUGGCCGAAAUGCAUGGUUUUUUGAUGACCUGGAUUCUUUGCCAAAAGUGUGGAAAGAUUAUAAUAAGAACAAGGAAUCAGUUGGCGAGUUAUGGGUAUCAAUGUUGAGGUACUACACUGAAACGUUCAACUGGAAAGAGCAUGUUGUUACCAUCAGACAGCAUGCUCCUCUUACACGUCUGCAAAAGUUGUGGAACUCCCGCUGUAUUGUCAUUGAGGAUCCAUUUGACCUAAGCCAUAAUCUAGGAGCAGGCCUUUCAAGGAAAAUGAACACCUUCAUUAUGAAAGCAUUCAUCCGAGGGAGAGAGAUAUUUGGCUCCCCGAUAAGCUUUCCCCAAGGCUACAGAAGUCUUGUGGAUUAUCUUUUUGACACAAAACAACUAACGGAUGGAGCACCACCAAAUGACAGAGGUUGCAGAUGCUGUGGAAAAAUAGGUCACAUUAUAAAAGACUGCCCAAAAAAGAAGCUAAAUAUGGAGCGUCGAGAGAAGAAGGAGCGCCACAAAGAACGCCAUGAACAGCAAAGAGUACACUCUGAAACAAAGAGAGAAGAGAAGGAAGAGUUAAAGAAGGUUAAUUUGCCAAAACUAGACCAAAAACAGAUGCAAGACGGUAGGCCUUCCGAUAACAUUAGGAGAAAAGAUGGUUCAGGAGGAAAUACAUAUGCAACAUCUCUGGAUGCUGAAGAUGUUGCCUCCGGAAAAUCACCGGCUCCGACAUCCACGUCAAAACUGGCUCACUCACUGAAAGACAACAGCAGAAUGGCUGAUCAGCCUCCUCAAGGGAAAGCGUCAUUUAAGGCCUCGCCCUCCACCUCCUCUUCUACCCCUUCCAGUGUGAUGGCUGACAGUGUGGUAAAUGCUAAAUUGUCUGGUCAUAAUAUCAGUAAAUCUCUCUUAAAUAAGCCAUCCAACACAAAUUCUAGUGUUGCUCCGAGCCGAGGAGUCUCAAGUAAUGAUAAGAAAAGUGGAUCUUGUGGUAGUGGUGCAGUGGGUGCUAAUGGUCCAACAAUUAAUGACAUUGGAAUUAGAGAAGGUUGUAGAGGAGUUGCCUCUGCUGUCAAUGUUAGUGGAAUAUCAGGAAUAGCUGAUGGAUGCUCAGGAGAAAAGCUUACAUUAGCUCACACCAGUGAUGGGGGUGUUGUGCCAGGAUUAGGUGUGCCACCAGGCUUCCACUUGUUGGGUCAUGCUAAUCAAAGCUAUCCUAAUCAGAGUUUGUCUAUAAAAGAUCAUAGUCCUUCCCAGGGGAUAGGGGCUAAUCAAAUUAGUUCUGCUGACAGCAGCAAUCAAAGUAUACCUGCUAACAACAAAGUUCCCAAGUCAGUUGGUCAUAGUGGUUCCAUAGUUCACGGAAAUGUAUACUCACAGGCUGGUGGCUCUCAACAGUAUCCUCUGUUAUUGGAAAAACAACAGCAAGUAACAUCUCAGCAGAAACAGCAGCUGAAGUAUAGUGAAAAUUGGUCAGGGGAAGUAAUUCCUCAGCAGUUUUUAGCCACAAAAUCUCAGGAGCAACUAAAGAAGGAUCCAGCCCCAGUAAUAGUCUCCUCUGCACAAAACCAUCAGUCCCAGCAACAACAGCAAAUUUUCUUUAGCAUUACUCCAGCAGCAUUGUUUCAUAUGGCAAGUCAAGCUGCUGGAGGCCAGCUUAGUGCUGUUUUAAUGCCAAAUGUAUCAGAAAGCAGUAGUAGUACUAGGACAAAUUCAUCUAUACCCACAUCAUCCUCACUUGGAACUACUAAUUCAAAUGUAAAUGCACCUCCCCCUCCUCCCCCUCCAGGUUUUAGUGCCCCUGUUGCUAUUAACUACCCUAAUCAACAGAUUGAUGCUAUGCCUUAUAAUAAGCUUGUUAUAGGUUCCCCUUUGUACCGCUCACCAGCAUCACAGGCAGAGGGCCAGCCAGUAGUUCCUAGCACUGCAUCUCAGUCAUUUAUCACACCGAUAGGACAGUCUGUGGGAGGUAUGGCAGGUGUUUAUGCUCUACAGCAAAGCUCUGGAGGUAGUCAGUUUACAAACAUGACACCUACAGGUACACCUCAUUCUCCUCAUGCACUUGCUGAUCCCAGCUUGAGCCAACAGCAAGUACCUUAUGAUACAAGACACUUUAUAUCUCAAGUACCUCAAGGCUUACAUCAGGGUGUCCCUCAAGGAGUUCCUCAGAGCUUAACAUCUGUACCACCAGGAAUACCUCAAGCAGUAACACAAGCAGUGCCUCAGGGUCUACAAGGUGGACCACCACCACCACCACCUGGUCUCUCUACAUCAGUCCCGCAGGGUGUUCAAGGAAUGUCCCAAGGACUGCACCAAAAUCUUGCAGGAGGUGUUCCUCAAGUGAGUUUGGGUUCAGCAUUGUCUCCAGCCAUACAACCUGUACCUAUUGGUCAUCAUCUUCCCCAGCAUUAUCCACAGCCAAGUUUUCCUCAGCAAGGCUAUCAGAUGGCAGUGCCUGGUCCUAAUGCAUACUAUCAGGAGCUUGUAUAUGGUGACCCCUCAUUACAAAAUCCAUCUGCAAAUGGUCAAGGGCCACCUGCUCUCCCAGCAGAAAUGUUAGCAGAUAUGGCUUUUCAGCGUCCUGAUGUUUAUGAUUCUCAGAUGCCUGCCCUUCCUCAGUAUCUUGCUUCUGGCUUACCUCAACACCAGAACAUUAUAUCCCAGAUGUCUCAACCACACCCUAAUAUGAGUCUAGCACCACAGCAUGGCCCUCCAACAGCUGGUGGGCCUGGUCCUGCAUAUACACCAGCAAAUGUGAUUUUUAUUGAAGGAGAGAGAGAUGGGAGUCAGAUUUUACAAUAAGUUUUAAACUGUAAAUAACUUAUAAUCGAACUUGUAUUUUAAAGAAAAAAAUAUGGAAUUCACUGUGAAUGGAUUAGUAAAAUAUUUUAUGAGCUAUGAAGAUCCACUGAGAUUUGUACUCCCCUCUGGUAUGUAAAAUCUUAACCACUGUAUAUUGAAAGUUAUUGCUUAUAUUUAUUAUAAUGCUGUUUUAGAGUUUUAAUUAUUAUUCUUGUUACUUAAAAAUUGUAGGACUUGACAUUGUUGAAGAGCAUUAACUAGAAUUAAUGCAGUCAUUUUUAUUAAGUUAUUCUCAUUAGUAAAUGAGAGUGGGAACUAAGGUCAUAGUAUGUCAAGAUAUAAUUUUAUUUAAUUUGGUACAAAUUGAUUAUAAUCAUAUUCAAUAAAAUGGUUUUAUUUCAUAUAGCAUAAAAUAAUGCAUUUUAAAUAUGCUAUUUUAGCUUUAAUUAAAUUGAGAUACUGUAUUGCUCUUUUAUUUGUUAUGUAGUCAAAUUAUUUUGGUACCACAAUAGUAUAUGAGUUUGAAUGAAUAUAUUGUAUAGUACUCUUGGAACAGGUGGUAGAUGAGUUUUACAAAGACACAUCACAUUAACCAGAAAGUUAGUUUUUCCAAGAAACGUCAUUCCAUGAGUUCAUACUUGCACCCUGUUGUUGGCGUACCUGACCUUACUUUAAUGAAUAUGUAUGAGGGAUUGGUUUGUUGUAUAUUUUGGGCUUGUGUUACUUAAUGUCUGAUUGUAUUUUUACUUGUUUCUUGCUGUGUAUAUAAUUUUUUCUGAAUCAGUGGAUUGUUUUUUUUUUUUUUUUAGUUUUUGUAAAUUGUAAUCAUAAUCAAUCCUGGGUACAAAUGGGUGUACAAAGUGACAAAAAUUUUACUUUUAAUACAGAAAAUGGUUGAGAAUAAAAUUUUAAUGAGUGUUCUCUCUUUAAAAUAGUAAAGAUUAGGCAUCAACCCCAGCUUCAUCAUCAAGGAAUAAUGUAUAUGUCUGAUGUAUAAUGAAGAAGCUAGAGUUUUGCCUACUUUUAUACUUUCAUAUGGAACCGUUAAGCUAGCUUAUAAGGGGACCAUUUAUUCCCGUUUAUGGAACAUUGUAGAAUGAAUGAUUAAUUUACAUUUUGUACUUGCCCUUUGGGUGCCCUUCUAGUGUGUUUCAUUCUAAAUCACAAAUAGCCUAACAGCACCAGACUUUUACACGUUUCAAUUUGGAAUACUUUGCAGCUUUGCUCACAAUGAGAAUAGAACAAAAAAUAAAAACACAAAAAAAAAGUGAGUUAGAGAGAGUGAGAGACAACACCAUUGAGUAAACUGGUAAUGUCCGCCCUUUUGAGUAUUUGUGAUUGCAGUACAUGGUAUACAGUAGUUUUUAAAUGUUACAUCCUGUUAGGCCUCUCAAAAAAUGUAGAUAGACCAUUCAAGAAGUUGCCAUAGCACAUUAAGCCCUCAUUCCCAGUUUAGAUCCGUCACAGCUAUGAUAACAAUUACUAUAACAUACUCAUGUUUCUUGCCUUGUUUUAAAUCAAUACCUCAACAUAGAUUCAGAUUCUGGUGCUUUAAACCUUGAAAGAGCUCUUUAGAAUUUGGAUGACCUUCAUGGGGUGAUGUUACUGUUAAUCACUUCAGAUGAAAUCCAUUCAAUUUUCUUUCAGGUAAUAAUUUUUGUUGAUCAUAAAAAAUGGUAAUAUACUUAGGAGGGAAGUAAUGAACUGUAAAUCAAGGUGCCACAGUGUUAAUGAAUAUUUUUGUUUUAAAGUCAUUUAGAAAAUAGUUUUAGUUUAUUAGAAUGUUAGUGGCACUGUUGCUUCCCAUGGUAUCCCAUUGAGUGAAGCAUCUCUAAAAUGUUUCUCUCCUCUCUUAGUAAAAUAUUUCCUAUUGUUUUUAGUUCAGUACCAUUAUUUGUGCUGUAAUGACAGAUAAGGUAACAAGCAGUCUAUAAUAUCUAACAGAGACUAUCAUUCAGAAUACCAGAGCUGGAGCUACAGUUAAAGUGUAUUUUACGUUGGAAAAAAUCUCAGUCUAUAGUUGUAAAUGUACCAUACUUGGGAAAUAGGAUGAUGUCUAAGCUAGAUAGACUUGUUCAUAAAAUAUGGAUUUUAACAGUAAAGACAUUGAUAAGAAAGUUAUGUAUUUAUAAAGCACAGUGAAAGUUCAAACAAAAUUGAAUAGUCAGCGUAUUCAGUUAUAAAAAUAAUGUAUCAUGGGCCACCAGUAAGUCUCUCAACAGUAAAAUUAUCAAAAUUUACUCACCAGAGUAUGAAUUAUAAGUAUGACUUUAAUACAGCUUGAAAUAUUUGUAGAAUAACUUUUAAACAACACAAAAUACAGGUUUUUGUGAGAUUUUUGAAAUGAUUUUUUUAAAAAUUCAGACGAUGUGUAAUAACAUUUUAAGGAUCAUGUCAAGGAUAGCAAACCCCCUAUUUUUCACGAAAGUAUUAAUCCACAUUGAUUGAUAUAAGUAUAUAUAU